AUGGGUGUGGACUACUAUCGAAUUUUGCAGGUCGAUAAGAAUGCUUCCGACGAUGAUUUGAAGAAGGCCUAUAGAAAACUCGCCAUGAAAUGGCAUCCCGAUAAGAACCCUACCAACAAAAGAGAAGCCGAAGCUAAAUUUAAGCAAAUUUCUGAAGCUUAUGAGGUUCUCAAUGACCCCCAAAAACGGGCAAUCUAUGAUCAAUACGGUGAAGAUGGUCUGAAAGGUCAGGUGCCACCACCGAAUGCCGGAGGUCCAGGUGGAGCCACCUUCUUCUCCACCGGAGAUGGACCAACAACGUUUCGGUUCAAUCCCCGAAACGCAAACGAUAUUUUCUCUGAAUUCUUUGGAUUUUCAUCCCCAUUUGGCGGCUCCAGUGGAAGAGGACAAAGAUUCUCAUCAAGUGUUUUCGGUGAUGAUAUCUUUGCAUCAUUUGGCCGUGGCGACGGCGAAAGCGUAGGCAGUUCCAUGUCUCGACAUCCCUCUCGUAAAGCACCUCCAAUCGAAAGACAGUUACCAUGUAGCCUCGAAGAGUUAUACAAAGGAACGACCAAGAAGAUGAAAAUUUCUAGACAAGUUACUGACAUUCGUGGGAGAACCACGAAAACAGAGGAGAUUUUGACGAUCAACAUAAAGCCCGGAUGGAAAAAAGGAACAAAAAUCACUUUCCCAGAGAAAGGAAACGAAGAGCCUGACAUUAUACCAUCAGAUCUUGUUUUUGUAAUCGAUGAAAAGCCUCACAGCGUAUUCACUCGCGAUGGAAACGAUUUGAUUGUCACUCAAAAGAUAUCUCUUGUAGAAGCCUUGACAGGGUACACUGUUCAUCUAACAACCUUAGACGGCAGAUACCUCAGUUUUCCAAUUACUAAUGUAAUCACUCCAAAUUAUGAGGAAGUGAUACCUUCAGAAGGAAUGCCACUACAAAAAGACCCCACCAAGAAAGGGAAUUUGAGAAUCAAUUUCGAUUUCAAAUUCCCAACUAGACUCACUCCUGAGCAGAAGGCUGGCAUUAGGAAGCUCUUAGGGUAGAAUUGAGCUGAUGGGGUUUCUUUGUGGAGAAUGAAUCCCUUUCUUUUUAUGGUUAUUUUUUAGGUUCUUAUUUGAAGUUAAGACAUGUAUGAUUUGUCUGAUUGUCAUGUAUUGAAUUAAAAUAAACAAAAUCAUGUGUAGAAUACAAAAGUUUAGAAAGAAUACAACAUGAAUUAGUUUGUAGUUUGAAA